GAAAAUGUUAAACGACCCAACACACCAAAAAUAAUGAAACGCAAGGCCACAUCAGAUGAUGAUGACACAGAGGAAGUUCCAGCAAAAAAAAGAGCCGGUGUUCAAGACACAUAUGGCUGCGUCAACUGGGAGCCAAAACAUUUGCCACUCUCCGAGACUGUGGAGAGUCAGCAAGAAAAAAAAGAAAAGAUGAAGAAUAUGUUUGAAGAGAUAAACUACAAUACAGAUGAUGUGAGAACAUUAGUACAGUCCACCUAUUACACGCAGCGUGUGUACAUCAACAAGGGGACACGCAUCAAGACACUUGGCCAAGAGUGGCCCUUUUUGUUCAGGGAAGUUGGUAUGGCAGCACACUUCCAAGAACUUACUGGUGUGAGUCUGAUGGAGUCCUUCCUUGCCAAUGUGGACAAAAAGGGUAGACGCCUCUUAGACUUCCUCAAACGUGUUGCUGCACCAAAAAACAAGCAAGUCCUGGAUGCUCUGAUCAAGUUUCAGACUGAGAGAGGUCAGUCGGAUGGUUGUUCAGAAGACAUCAUACAGAUGGUAUGUCUCUUACUGGCUCUUUUUGGUGAGCAAAAGGAGAAUCUGUUCCAUUUCGUCGAGGACACAUGCCUGGCCCAAGAGGUUCAGAUGGAGAAGUUGCCGGCAACACCCUGCAUCAUUGUGUGUGGGUCCUCCUGCUUUGCUGCUGGGAUGUUUAUGUUGAGCAUCGACCAAGAGGUUGUCAACGACCACAUCACUUCCUUCACGUCUGCCUGAUGUUCGG